AAUAUUAAUGCCCACAAAGAAGUCCUUGAUAACAAACAAGCUGUAAUUGCUGCAUUUGGAAGUUUAAUCUCAUUAUCAAUGAAUUCCCUUUCAUAAAAUUUGGAGGGAAAGGAGACAGGAACAGGACAGGGUAGAUUUGUAAGUUGUAAGAAGGAGGAGAGAGAAAGAAUCCUAAAUAGGGCAGCCUACCCGACCAUGGCACUCCCGUGAGAGUGACAAAAGCCAUUGCCCCCUCUAGUGUGGUCACUCCAUCAGCAAGAAAAAGGGUAAAUCAACACUUGUCUUAUCCUACGCACCUCACCCGUGUUAACCUACACCACAUCAUUCUUUCUAGCUUCACUCAUCACCCUUCUUCCUCUCUUCUUUACGGUCCCCCCAUCACCCUUUCUCUCUCCUAGCUAUCCCUCUAAUUGUAGGGGUACCCUUAAAGCAGAUGACCGUUAAUGCCCAACAAUUCUUCAGUAUCAGUAAUCUGCCCUGUAAUUUAAAGACACCCCUUUAAUUUACAGAGUCCUUUGAUCAUCCUCACAUGAUCUGAUCUGUACAAUUCAUAAUCAAUUAGAUCUGGGUUUCUACCAAUAAAGAUAUUUUGACACCCCAGAAAGGAUCUUCUUCUUAUGGUGGGAGCGUGAAUGUGGGAUAAUAUAUAUGAAAGCCUGCAAUAUAUUAUUAUUAUGUACAUUUGAUAAAAAGUUCACCAAUGUCGUCUAAUUUGGGUUGUUUGGAUGGAUGUAUUUGACGCCGUGCGAGAAUUUCGUAAAGAUUUAGCUGUGGAUACCGCAAGAAGACCACUGGUUCCGGCUGAAAAGUACAAUGGAAUUGCGACCGGUACCGCCACACGCCGGUCCCGGACCAGAGAAGUUAGCUCAAGAUACAAAUCACCAACACCGCCACCGAAUUCGAUUACGAAUUCGAGGCGAUGUCCAUCACCAAACCUUGCUAGGAAUGCUAAUGCAUCAUUAUUGCCAUCACCCCAAUUGGGGGAUGGUUCUAAGAGAGCUGUGUCUGCAGAGAGGAAAAGGUCAUCCACCCCUACAUCAGUGUCUCGGCCUACGACUCCAGUUUCGGAUACAUCAGCAGAGUCACAGAUAUCUGCUAAAAAGAUGAUAAGCGGUAGGUUGCCAGAGGUGUUAUGGCCUUCCACAAUGCGUAGUCUUAGUGUUUCGUUUCAAUCUGAUAUCAUUUCAAUACCUGUUAGUAAGAAGGAGAAAGAGAAACUUGUUUCACAUGCCCUUUCAGAUCGUACUUUGAAAUCAUCUUCCAAUGUAGCACAAAGACAGGCUGAGGCAGCUGCUUCGCCAAGGAAAGGGACCCCGGAGAGGAAGAGGAGUCCAUUGAAAGGGAAGAAUUCAUCUCAUCAAUCUGAGAAUUCGAGACCUGUUGAUGGUUCACAAUCCCGGUUGAUUGAUCAGCAUAGGUGGCCUAGUAGAACAGGUGGGAAAAUGUCUUCUAGUUCUAAUAUAAUGACAAGAAGUGUGGAUCUCACUGAUAGAAUUGCUAAAAUUCCGAGUUCUUCGAUUCCUGGUAUUGGUACACCUUCAUUAAGGAGACUGUCAGCUGAUAAUAUUCCUAGGCCAUUACAUAAAUCUUCGAGUGAUGCUUCAGAGCAGUCAGAAUUUGAUGAUCAUAUUGGGUCACUGGGAUUACGGAUGAAGUCAGUUGAUGAUAGUUUACUGAGGAUAUCUGCACGACAAAAAGCCAACGGUUUUAAUUCGUCAGAAAAGGCGAUAUCAGCUGCUUCUUCAGUCAGAUCUGGGUCACUGCCUGGGUCACGUCUCCCAUCACCUAGUAGGACCUCCAUUUCCAAAGUCACACCGAGUCCAUCCAAAACGAGACCGUCAACUCCUACACAGUCUAGGGGAGCAAGUCCGUCGAGGAUUAGACCAUCUAGCCCCACCAGACAACCCAGUAGUACAACUUCAGUGCUCAGUUUUGUUGCUGAUAUUAAGAAAGGCAAGAAAACUAACCAAUUAGAAGAGGCUCAUCAGCUGCGCUUGUUUUAUAAUAGACAUUUGCAGUGGAGAUUUGCUAAUGCUCGAGCUGAGGCUGCUCUGUAUAUUCAGAAAAUUACUGCAGAGCAAACACUCUAUAAUGUAUGGGAGACAAAUUUGGAACUGUGGGAUUCUGUCAUAAGGAAGCGUAUUGAUCUUCAGCAGCUGAAUCUGGAGCUAAAGCUGAAUUCGGUGUUGAGUGAGCAAAUGGCGUAUCUAGAAGAUUGGGCUUUAGUUGAGAGAGACCAUUCUACUUCUUUAAAUGGAGCAAUCAAUGAUCUUGAGUCUUGCACUCUUCGGCUUCCAGUUACUGGAGGGGCAAAAGCUGAUAUUGAUUCUUUGAAGUCUUCAAUUAGCUCUGGUGUUGAUGUGAUGCAGGCAAUGGGUUCCUCCGUCUGUUCUGUUUUAUCAAAGGUUGAAGGAAUCAAUAGCUUGGUUUCUGAGCUCUCUGAUAUUGCAGGACAGGGGAGGGCCAUGCUUAAUGAGUGUGAGGCUUUGUCAGCUUCAACGUCCUCCAUGCAGGUGAAAGAAUACAGUCUGAUGACGCAGCUAAUACAAUCGCAACAAGAACUAAAGAAGACAAGGGAGCCGUUAUUAUGGACAUCCUAAACACAUUUUUUGGUUACUGCUGUGGUGCUGAAGCUAACAGUUUUCCUACUUUGCCAUAUUCUCAGGUCUCAAAAGUAUGUAAAUUUUUUUUAGGUCCCUAUAUUAGGUUUUUUUUUCCUUAAUUUAUUUUUUUCUAUUUAUCUAGUGAGAAUCAUAAUUUUUUUACUUAAUUUUCCCUUUUUUUUUUUUUUUUUUUCUCGAAAUGAGCUGUUGAGCUCGCUUUUCGCCCUGCAUGUAAUUUUGUAUCACUCGGAUAAAAGAAAAAAUAGAAGGAAAAAAAAGAAGCAAAGAAAAUUGCUGAGAGAAGAAAAUUAACUUAAAAAUGAAAGGAAUAUAGAAAAGUACAUGCACAGCGUGUUUCCGAAUGCAUGAGAUUUGAUCAUUUAAUUUUUAUUUAACGCUGAAAGUGUACAUUUUACUCA